UUCAUGUGCCGGGUUUUACUUGUUUAAUAAUUGUUUUUGUUGAGUUUUGAUAUCUUAACAUCAAGUGAUUGCACGCACGUCUUUUGUAAAGUUUCUUUUUUUUUGUUAACAAAUAAUAAAUAAAAUUAUUUAAAAAAUGCCUGCCGAUCUUAUUGGUUAUCUGUAUGCCGCCACUGUGGCAGCCGGUGGUAUUAUGGGAUAUGUUAAAGCUGGUUCAUUACCCUCUUUGGGUGCCGGUUUAGCAUUUGGUGCCAUACUUGGUUUUGGUGCUCACUUAAACUCCCAAGAACCACCACGUCCUUUAUUACAAUUGAGUACUUCGUUGGCUUUGGCCGGUAUGAUGGGUGCUAGAUGGAAUCGUUCUGGAAAAUUGAUGCCUGCCGGCAUGAUUUGUAUUAUAUCGGUGGCAGCUUUGAUAAGAAAUGUUAUCACCUAUAAUAGGUAUUUACCAUUGCCGGGCCGAAAUUAAGGGGAUUAUCACAAAGAUUGAUGACAUAUUCGUUUUUCCCAAUUUGAUUUAAGUUUGAAAUGUAUUUGUGGUUGAGGGUCAAAGAUCUAAUUUUUUUUACAAUACUUAAGUUGCUAUUUAGCAAGUAAAAAUAAAGAAAUUAAAUUAAUUAUUAAUGAAAA